AUGACCUCAGAUCCCCGCGUCCAUUUUGGGGCUAAUCGGGGCCGUUUUGGGGUCUCCCCGCAGGCCUACGUGGUGCUGGGGCAGUUCCUGGUGCUGAAGAAGGACGAGGAGCUGUUCCGCGAGUGGCUGCGCGACGCCUGCGGGGCCAACGCCAAGCAGAGCCGCGACUGCUCGGGCUGCCUGCGGGAGUGGUGCGACGCCUUCCUCUGAGGGACCCCCAAAACUACCCCCAGGACCCCCAAAACUACCCCCGAGACCCCAAAAGCCACCCCUGGGACCCCAAAAGUCACCCACGGGGUCCCCAAAACUACCCCCAGGACCCCAAAAACCACCCCCGGG